UCGGACGUGCACAUAUUCCGGCACGAGUUCAUCACCCAAUUCCGUUUCUCGCACUCCGCCGCGCUGCACCCCGCGGACCUGCACAUCCUGGAGCCAAUCGACGAGGCCCAUACGCUCUACGAGGAAGAGAAGGGCACCGUCUUCCUCGCGCGCGAGCUCAUGACGCGCCUCCAGACGCUCACCGUCGACUCCCAGCGG